AUGUCCGACAAGGAAUUUGGAGGUAAGGCACGCAAGCAUGCACUGAUGCCGUCUGAGCUUUCGCGAAGGCCUGAUCUGCGCGUCGGACCAGCAUCGGUAACUCUGCGAAACAUAGCUGACACCGUCCCAGGCAGUGAUGACCUCUCCUUGCCCAAAGAGGUUGCUAAGGCGUCUCCUUCCGCAGCCACCGUACAGAAGAUCAUCAACGAAGUCCUCGCAUCGCCCUCCCUCGAACUUGCGACCACGAGCGCAGAUGGCGCAACACAAACCAUGACCUUCGCCAAAGAAUCCCGCGACCUCUUGAUCGAGUGCUGCGUCGAAUUCAUCACCAUGCUGUCUUCCGAAGCCAACGAUAUUGCGGAGAAAGAUGCCAAGAAGACCAUCGCGUGCGAGCAUAUCACAAAGGCGCUGCAAGAUCUGGGAUUUGAGGAUUACAUUCCUGAGUUACUGCGAGUUGCCGAACAGUUCAGGGUCAGCCAGGUGUCGAGGGAGAAGAAACAAUCCAAAAUCGAACAAUCCGGCAUGACCAAUGAUGAGCUUAUCGCUGCGCAAGAGGCCCUUUUCCGGGAUGCAGGAGAGAAGUAUAACGCGACUACAUGACCAGGCGGUGCCUAAGCGCUUCACAAACGGCGUGGAGAAGCAGCAUUGUGCCCAGCCGAUGCUACUGAUGGAACCACAUCAUUCUCGGCCCGUGAACACACGCCUGCAAGAUCAACUACUACCGGCAAGCGCAAGACUUGAGCAUCAUCAUCGGAUGAAUAUUCAUUGAUUACGGGCAUCGUUCCAUGGCAUUCGGAGAUGGAACGCGUUUGGAAGAGCGCACCCCGAGAGUCGCCUUUCUCAGGCUUGGCGCCUGGCUACUUCAGGAGGCACAGAAGCAACGCUGCUCUGGAACAGUGAGGGAAAUCAGCAGCCCACGCAUGACGGAGACAAAUGGCGUGCCAUCGCUCGGUGCAUGGUAUCUGAGAACAGGGCGAGAAGCGAAGACACCGGGCCGGCUCAACUCUUCAAUCCGAGGCGGAAACUUGGGACCUUCGCUUGACCG